GUAAAAUUAAAAUAUUAAACGGAUUUGGGACGGGUUCGGAAAUUGUAUAUAUAAUCGGGUUCGGAUUUGGGUACCCUCAAUUUUGCGGUUACCCUACCUGUUUACAUCCCUAAUUCUCACAAACUGAAAGAGAUCUUGUACUGAUUCAGCGGUCCGUAAAUUGCAAGGGCAUAUUUCUGCAAAAUAUCACAGGAGAGCGUAAGAAGUCACCUAUGUCCUCCACUUCUGCUCUUCCUAUUCCUCCCUCUGCCCCCUCUCUCCCCAGUGACCCAUCCUCCAACUACCACCACCAUAAAGCCUCUCGCUGUACAGUCUCACCACCGCCAAGCCCCACUCUCGCAGCCUCUAGUGUCCGCUCUCGCCUGAGCAGGCUUUGUGUAGAGGGUCAACUCCAUCUUGCUCGCCAACUGUUCGAUGCAAUUCCUCGCCCAACUACUAUUAUUUGGAACACGAUCAUUAUUGGCUUCAUUUGCAAUAAAAUGCCCCUAGAAGCCCUUUCAUUGUACUCCCAACUUAAAAUUACUCACACCAAAUGUGAUUCCUAUACCUACUCUUCUACUCUUAAAGCCUGCGCAGUAACUGGCAAUUUAACAAUAGGAAAAACCAUUCAUUGCCAUUUUAUUCGGUGUUUAUCAUAUCCGAGUAGAAUUGUGUAUAAUUCUCUUUUAAAUAUGUACUCUACAUGUUUGAGUAGCAGGUGCCCCUUGAAUGAUUUUGAUUUCUCCAAGUAUGAUUUAGUAUGUAAUGUUUUUAAGACAAUGCCUGAGAGGGAUGUGAUUGGUUGGAACACUGUGGUUUCUUGGUAUGUGAAGACGGAGAGAUACACAGAGGCGAUUAGACAAUUUAAGAUAAUGAUGAAAACGGGGAUUAAUCCAAGUCUAGUAAGUUUUAUCAAUGUUUUCCCUGCUCUCUCGAGCUUCGGCCACUGCAAGUAUGCAAAUGCUCUUUAUGGGUUGCUUCUUAAACUGGGUAGUGAAUAUGUGAAUGACUUGUUUGUUGUGAGUUCAGCAAUAUCAGUGUAUGCUGAGCUUUGUUGCCUUGAUCUUGCUAGGAAGGUUUUUGACCAUUGUUUGGAGAAGAAUACAGAAGUUUGCAACACUAUGAUUGGUGGGUAUGUGCAGAAUGAUUAUUUCUUUGAAGGUAUUGAUCUAUUUCUUCAAGCUAUGGAAACAGAACAGAUAGUUCCCGAUGAUGUAACCUUUCUCUUAGUUUUGACAGCGGUUUCACAGUUGCAGCUUCUGGACUUGGGCCAGCUGCUGCAUGCCUUUGUAAUUAAAAAGCUAUCAGUACUACCAGUGAGGAUACUGAAUGCACUCAUUGCCAUGUACUCUAGGUGCAAUUCUGUCCACACAUCAUUCAGAGUUUUUCUGAAGAUGCCAGAAAGAGAUGUUGUCUCAUGGAAUACCAUGAUUUCUGGUUUCAUACAGAAUGGGCUAUAUGAUGAAGGGUUGAUGCUUGUGCAUGAGAUGCAGGAAGAAGAGUAUACUGUUGAUUCUGUGACAGUAACUUGUCUACUCUCUGCAGCAUCUAAUCUUAGAAACCAAGAAAUUGGAAAGCAGACUCAUGCAUAUCUUGUUAGGCAAGGCAUCAAAUUUGAUGGAAUGGACAGCUAUCUCAUUGAAAUGUAUGCUAAAACAGGUUUGAUUAGGACAGCACAACAGGUUUUCGAAAAGAACUAUACUAGAAAUAGAGAUCAAGCCACAUGGAACGCAAUGAUUGCUGGGUACACACAGAAUGGGCUGGUUGAAGAAGCUUUUGUUACCUUUUCACAAAUGCUUGAGCAAAAUCUAAGGCCUAAUUCUGUGACCUUAGCAUCCAGUCUCCCAGCUUGUAAUCCAUUAGGAAGUAUAGAUUCAGGAAAGCAGCUCCAUGGAGUUGCCAUUCGAUUUUUAUUGGACCAUAAUAUCUUUGUCAGAACUGCCCUUGUUGACAUGUACUCUAAAUCAGGUGCAAUCAAUUAUGCUGAAAGUAUUUUUACCAAAUCUUCUGAGAAAAAUUCUGUCAUGUACACGUCAAUGAUAUUGGGUUAUGGUCAGAAUGGGAUGGUUGAGAGAGCUCUCUCUUUGUUUCAUUCAAUGCAGAAAUCUGGUAUUGAGACUGAUGCAAUUACUUUUGUUGCGGUCUUGUCAGCUUGCAGUUAUGCUGGUUUGGUUGAUGAAGGUCUUCAGAUUUUUGAGUCAAUGAAGAGAGACUUUAAGAUUCAGCCCUCAAUUCAGCAUCAUUGUUGUAUUGCAGACAUGUUAGGAAGAGUUGGGAGAGUGAUUGAAGCCUAUGAGUUUGUUAAACAGCUGGGAGAGGAAGGGAAUGUAAUGCAAAUUUGGGGAUCACUUCUUGGGGCUUGUAGACUUCAUGGACUCAUUGAAUUGGGAGAGGUUGUUGCCAAUGAGUUACUUGAAAUGGGUUCAGUAGACAGCACAGCAGGCUAUAAAGUCUUGCUCUCCAAUAUGUAUGCUGAAGAAGCAAACUGGGAAAGUGUUGAUAAAUUGAGGAAAGAGAUGAGGGAAAAGGGUCUGCGAAAGGAAGCCGGCUGUAGUUGGAUUCAUAUUGCAGGUCAUGUAUUCCAUUUUAUGUCUAAAGAUAAGAAUCACCCUCAUUGUGAUGAAAUAUAUGAAGUGUUGGAAAGGUUAGUAUUGGAGAUGAAAGAUACUGAUCAUAGUCCAUUUCCUGGGUGUGUUUGACAUGUUUUUAUGUCAGAUGGAAUUACUAGUGGACAAUUAACCUUUGGUAAAACAAAUACUGGUAGCCAGUGGCAAGUGGUGUUGCUAUAACUGUUUGGGUUUUCUGUUUAUAGUGAAAAAUGAAAAUCACUAUCAUGUGAAAUCGGAGAAUGAACAGAAGAUAGAGAAGAAAUUGAGCAAGAAUAGAAAGAAUAACAGAUAGGAGAAAUAUUAUAGAAGCAACAGCAGAGAAACCUUAUAACAACUGUUAGAAAGCAAGCCAGAUGGGGUAGGAAUCAAGCAAUGCCCACUCUACCUUGCUCUGAAUACCAACUGUUACUAGUGAGAUUCUGAAUUGUCCUAAAACUUUAGAACUGAAGAAGAAUAAUGGAAGGAAGAGAAGAAGCAGAGAGGAGAAACAGAAGAAGAAAUGGGAAGAGGAGGAGAAUGAGAGAAUUAGAGAGAUAUCUGUUGUAUCAUAUAGAUUUUGUGAUUGAUUGCAAAAUAGCCUCUGCAUUGUUAUGAAUACAAUCAAUAACUGAGGGUUUAAGAAGAAAACUGUUAAGUUCCCUAGUUAAGGAUCGCACGGGUCUGUGGGUAGGAGAGUCGCCUUCAGCUGUGACCUUGCCUUUAUUACGAUUCCCACCUCUUCAGAUGGAACUCAUGAUGAAGAAAUAUGAGAGCUCAAUGGAGGGAGCUCGGGUACCUCAAAGCUCGGUAAAAAAGUACUUUAGAUCUUGAAAAAAUUUGGUAAAUAGUUUAUGCUUAUUUUAUUCAUUAGUAAUAAUUCCUUUUUAUAGUGAGACUUAUAAUGCAAAUAACUAAUCAGAUACAAGUAGA